AUGUCGGCACCUGGUCUUGAAGAAAUCAACUUUCGUUCAACGGCUGUUAGCAACAUUAUCAACUAUGGCACAUUAUGCACCUAUGACCCUCACCGACAUACUAUCAUUGCAGCUCCUUACCCAGCCACCAAAAACAAAAAAGGCGUCUUGCUCCCAGUUCCUGUGCGAAAACUCAAUGGACAUAUGAAACUUCAUACCAAUAUCCAGCUCGGAUCAUGCAUCUGUGGACCUCGUCAAGGUAGACCUGAGGAGUAUGUCCUGUUGCAAGUCAUUCGCUGUGGUGCUGGGUCCCUUCCCAGAAAUGUUGGGAAAUAUGCUUUGGUAUGUCCUAACGGUAAACAUGAUGGCUGUGGGUGGUGGGUACCACUCUUCAAAAUUUUUUCCAAUGGGCCGCCCAAUUUCCUUAUGCAUAGUGUUGGCGUUUCAUGUUGGCCACUGGCUCUAGAUCCACUCGACCACUAUGUACUUACAGAUGGCUCUGCUAUGUCCCUUGUGCCUGGACUUGAUCAGGACUGGUCUGAUGCUGGUGACGAUGAUGACGACGCUCUAAGUGCCCUCUCAUCCCUUCCUCCAUCACAGAACCCAUCACCCAACAGUACUUCCCAACGACAAUCACCACCAGAUUCUAAGCGCCACACUUCCCUUCAGACUCAUCCUUUGGCAUCGACUCAGACUCAGACUCAGACACAUGCAUCCCCCUCUAUCCCACCGAUUGCCACACAUACUCCUUCACCUUUGGCACGGCAGAGUCAGAAUUCACGAGGACAAGGCUCGCCUACUUUUCACGGUCCUACCAUCUCUGCCUCUGCAUUGUAUUCCUCUCCUGCACAGCCCAAUGUACGCAAUUCUCCACUCUAUUUGGAUGAGGCCACCUCCAGUCAAGCUAAGGAUGAGCUUCUUCCUUCGACUCCAGCCUAUUCCCAAAAUCCCGAUAGCAAUUACUCAGUACUCGUGUGUUAG